AUUUAAUGAUUCGUAUCAUAAUCCAAUUCAAAACUUUAAUAGUAAUAAUAGUAAUUUAAAUUAUUAUGAUUUGGAAAGUAAUGGUAACGCCGAUCAUAAUUAUAAUUUGAAGAGCAAUAGCAACGAUGACACUGAUCAUAAUUAUGAUUUGGAGAGCAAUAGCAAUGACGUUACCAAUCAUAAUUAUGAUUUGGAGAGCAAUGGCAACGACAUCACUGAUCAUAAUUAUGAUAAUAAUGACAACUUAAAUUUUUAUGAUUCAAAAAAUGAAAGUGAAUCUGAUGAUUCAAAUAGUGAGCACGAAUCAGUUUCAGACAAUAUGCCAAAGACAUUUGAUAGGACAAAAUUUAAUCUAAAUUAG